AUGGACGACGAGGGCGCGGUAGAGAUCGAAGAAGUCCUGUCUCUGCUCAACCAAGGGGGAGGAAGCGCGACGAUUCUCGAGGACGACGAGCCAGAGUCAAUCGAGGUAGACGAGGCGCGUGGUCAGAGCGGCGACGAGGCUAAUCACGAUGCGGAGACGAUCAACGAGGUAACCUCGUCGGGAAUGUUUGCGUUAGACGGGCCGCCCGACGUCGCCGACGUGGAUAAAUUGCGCUUCGCAUGUGAUGCCGUCCGCGAAGGGGCGGGCGACGACGGCGGCGCGGGUCCGAGGACAGGCACCGCCGACAUACGCGAGCGGGAGGCCGCGACGCGAGAGCUCGUGUCGUCUCGGAACAUGAGCCUUCGGACCUGGGCCGACACGGUGUUACGACGCCACGGUGGCCGGUUCGCGACGCACCACAUCUUCGCCUUCCUCGUCUUUAAUAUAGGCGUGCGGUCGAGGAACCGCCGCGUCAGCAUGCUAAGCGUGACGAGGAAGAACUUCCGCAAGGUGGAGCGCAUCGUACGGUCGCUAACCGCGGACGGAUUGGCGGCGGCCAGGGCCGAGCUAGAGAGCACAGGCAAGACGACCGAUGAUGCGGUGAAGGAGCUGCUCAGGAGCCUUUCGCUGUAUGGGUAUCGUCAGCCCAUGUCGAGGGAGGUCCGUCUCGGGAUGCGGCAUAGGAUCCUGGCGCUCAUCGUCCGUUACGGCGUGCCCGCCAUCUGGUUCACGAUCAACCCAAACGACAUCACGAAUCCGGUAAAGCUCCGACUAGCAGCGUACCGCGCGCGCGACCCCGAAGCGGCCGAGGAGUUCCUACGAAGCCUCGAUAAGGCGUUCAAACGUGUGCGGCUGUCCGUGUCCGACCCGAUGAGCUCGGCCGUCUUCUUCCACCGCGAGAUGACGCUGUUCUUCGAGCAUUACGUCAAUGCCGGGGGGGAGUCGGUCUUCGGCCGCGUCAGCCACUCGAUGCUUGCCGACUCAGACGGCGGGGAACAAGCGGCAUACCGCGAGCGAAUCGUCCGCUACGUCGAUAGUGUCUUCAGCGAGGACCUGGACCAGGAAGGGUUCUGCGCCGUCGAGGCAGAGCGUUCGGUGACGUCCGAUAUCUCGUCCCUGCUGAACAGGGCCGAUCAGUUCUCGGCCUCGUUCGAGGAGGAAGCCAACUUCUGCGCCGGCGCGACCCAGAUCCAUACCCACAGCCCGACAUGCGUCAAGUACUCCCUCGGCAGCAAGGGGCGGAAGGGCGCCGACCUCUCGGACGGCGUGCUGCGGAUCCGCAGAACACAUCCCAUGGUGAACCGGUGGAACAAGGCCAUCGCCGUCGGGCUCCGUCACAACCACGACAUUUCCUUUAUAGCGACGCAGCGGAAGACCAUGGCGCUCGUCUACUACGUGACCAAUUACGCGACUAAGGUGGAGGACCCGACGUGGAAGCGCGUCGCCGCCGCCGCCGAACUGCUGCCCGUCGUGUCGGCCGGUAGUCAGCCGGGUGCCGGGGAUGACACGCGGCAGUUUCUCAUGAGAGUGGCGAAUCGGGUGUUCACGGAGCGGGCGCUGUCGCAAGUCGAGGUCGUCGCCCAUCUGCUGGGACACCCGAGCGAGUUCUCGGGAAGCAGCGCCUGGGCGUACCUGAACGUGUCGGUGCUAUACUGGCACGUCUCGAGGCUCUGGCGACACCUUCGGCAGCAGAGCGGCACCGCGGCGGUCGAAGACGUGUCCGUCGCGGACGAGUCGGUCGUCGUCGAACAAGCAGGCGAGAGGAUCAGUUUCGCCGAGGCCUAUCAUCAUCGCGGACAUGUCCUACGAGGCUUGUGCCUAUACGACUAUGUUUCGCUCGUCAGGCUCCAACGCGUCGGCAAGGCCGGCUGCUCCGGCGGCUGGGGAGAGGUGCCGUUCGAGGGCGGCUGGGUGGCCGGUAAAGACUGGGUCCAGGUGCUAAGGCGGCCGGGAAAGUACGCCGUCGUCUGCCUCGACGGCUACCUAAGCAAGGAUUUCGAGCAGGACGACGAGGAAUCGGCUCAUCGCAGGGCUGCCGUCCAGCAUCUUGCGCUAUUUGUGCCGUGGGAAGCCUUUCUCGGCGAAGAAGAAGGGGACAUCAAUGAGAUAUGGAGGCGGGCGCGAGAGCUGCUUCCGCCGAGAAUCUCGUGCCUCGUCGACAACGUUCAACUGCUCCGGCGGUCCGCCGAGGACGCGAGGCGAGACGCCAAGCAGUGGGCGGCCUCGGGCGGCGCCGGGGAUUGCGCCGGCGCUCUCGGCGAGGCGGGGGAGGGGGAGGAGGGGGGGCGACACCCGGGGGACGACGACGCGGCCUCGGCGUACCAGGCCGACAACGUCGGAAAGGCAACGCGACUAAUCGACGUCGUCCGAAGCGCGGCCGGGGCGAACCAGAUCACGGCGGGAUCGCGCGAGCUCUCGCUCGAGGCCUCCAUCGUCAGGGAACGGGGCGGGAGGCGCAUCGACUUGCCGGGGCGGGUCUUUUCCGGGGCCGCGGUGCCGCCGCAGGACCAGGUCAAGGCCAUCAAGUCGCAGCAGACGAGCGCCUCGAGGGAGAGGGUGAAGAUGAUACAGGGUAUACAAAGCAUGGCCACGGCCCACGGCACCGAUCGUGGCGCGGCGGAGCGGAGUGUGCUGACCGGCUUCGGCGAGGAAGGCGUGCAGAUAACGGCGGCGGAAGCCGAGGAGACGGCGGGUAACGCCGAGGCCGGCAUGGAAGUCCGCCUCGGCCCGUCGACCUCGUUCCUCGAGGCCGGAAAAGGCUUGACGAGACGCUUGACGCUAAACAGGAAACAGGCCAUCGCCUUGUCCAUAAUAUGCCGCCACCUUGACUUGAUGCGGCGAGGAGACGGAGGGGGCGACGUCAGCCAGCUCUGUCAGUUCGUCGGCGGCGAGGGCGGUACCGGCAAGUCGCGCGUCAUCGAAGCACUCGCGGAGCGGUUCGUCGACGGCGAGUCCCGCAUGGACUGGCAGGACAAGGAGGUGCUCGUCAUCGACGAGGUAAGCAUGCUCGGCGCGCGCACGCUGCACGCCGUCAACGAGCGGCUCUGCCAGCUGCGGGGGUCGCAGCGGGACUUCGGCGGGAUCCCCAUCGUCCUCUUCUGCGGGGACUUCCACCAGUUCCGCCCGGUCCAGGAAAGGUCGAUCCUACUGCCGAGCUCGGCCGUCUCGUGGGACGAGGACUACUCGUUCAGGGCCGAGCAGCGCCACCAGCACGACAAGGCGCACGCGCUGUGGAAGCGGUUCACCACUGUCGUCAUGCUGGACGAGCAGAUGCGCGCCGCCGGCGACCCGGAGCUGCAGAGGCUGCUAAAGCGGAUCCGACUGGGCGUGCAGGAUCACACCGACCUAGACCUCCUUAACUCAAGAUGCUACCGGGAAGGCAGGCGAAUCCCGUGGGAGACAGGCAUCACCGUGGUCACGCCGCUAAAUAGGAACCGGUGGAAUCUCAACAUGGAGGCGAGCUUAGCAUUCCAGAUGCAACGACGUUUGACGAUACGCAUCUUCAUCUCCGAGCAUAAGUGGAAGGAGGGGCUGCCGACCGAGGAAGAGGCCAUCAUGAUGCUAAACCAGGGCGACGACAGCGCGACCCCAGUGCCGGGCGUCUUUAUGUUUGUGGCCGGGAUGCCGGUCGUCGUGAACCACAACACCCACCAGGGGCUGAAGCUGGUGAACGGCGCCAGCUACACGGCGGCCGAGGUCAUCGUCGACAAGGUGCACCCGGCGCAUCGCAUCUCGGCCGAUAUGGCGAUCCACUUCGGGCCGCCGGCGGCGAUCAUACUAGGGUCGGAGACGACUAAGGACUUCCACUUCGUCGGGAUGCCGCCCGGCACGAUCCUGCUGACGCCUAUGAGCGUCAGGAUCCAGUGUCACCGGAAGCGACCGUGGCAGCAGAAGGAGGUCACCCGCAAGGGCCUGCCGUGCGCCGCGGCCUUCGCGUGCACCGAUUAUAAGGUGCAGGGCGGGACGCUCGAGCGUGUCGCGCUCGAGCUGCGAGGGACGAGGACGACAAACGUCGGUGGACACGGCAUCAUGCUCAUAUCGGAGGUGCGAGAGAGAGACUUCGUGGGAAACCGGGUCCCCCGGGAGAUGACGGCCGCACAAGCGAGGCUCGAGGAACUGAGUGACAGAACCGUCCGGGAGGCGCUGCGCUGGCUCGGCGACGACUUCGAAUACGCGUAG